AUGGCGGAGAACAGAAAAGAAUUCGAGUUCAAGACUAUUGAUGGCCUGACUCUACGUGGAUGCAUGUUUCUCGGUCCCAAGGGCGGUCCUGCUAUCAUUGUCAACGGUGCCUUCAACUGCCCCAAGGAAAUAUUCGCACUUGAUGUUGCAGAAUGGUUUGGAAAGCAUGGCGUAACGGCUCUGGCCUAUGACGCUCGUACUCUAGGUCUGAGCGAUGGCAUGCCUCGAAACGAUCUCGACCCACAGAAGAUGGCAGAAGACAACCAUGAUGCUGUCACGUUCCUACAAAACGAGGGCUGGGUCGACCCAACCCGCAUCGCCGUAUGGGGAUUCUUCUACAGCUCCGGCAUAGCUCUCGAAGCCGCCGCAUUCGACAAGCGCAUUGCCGCCGUCAUCGCCCAAGGCCUAAUGCCAAACUGGUGUCUCAACCCCGCCGACCAAGAAGCCAUUGUCGCUCUCGCAAUCGCGGAUCGCGCAAACCAGCUUCGGGGCAGCGCCCCUGACUACAUUCCAUUGUUGAACCAGAACGGCGAGCACCUCCUCAUGUUCAAGUACCUGGUUGAUCUCACCGAUGAGCAGAAAGCACAUCUCCCCGCGUGGGUCCACAACGCGAAGAAACUGGCGCCAAACUUCAAGGACCGCAUGACGGUCCAGAGCUUCUAUCGCCAUGCAAAGUGGAAGCCAAUGCACAUUUUUGAAUCUGUUAGUCCUACUCCGGUCAUGAUUUUGACCCCCGAGAAGGAUGAGAUUGUGGCGCCGGAGCUGCAGCGGAAGAUCUUUGAAAGUAUGAAUUCGAAGCUGAAGAGGCAUGAGAUUGUCAAGGGGAAAGGGCAUGCAGACUUUUUGGCUAAUGUUAGUCUUGAUAAGGUGUUGGGAGGGCAGUUGGAGUUCUUGAAGGAGGUUUUUGUUUUUUAA